AUGCACGAAGAAACUAUAUCGGAAUCGCAAAAAAUUCAUUCAUCGAAUGAUGAAGUUGCGAGAGGUGAAGUGGUUCGUAUUCCGGUUAACCAAGCCACGCGAUUUUCGAAUACGCCAAUUGUCGAGCCGAAACAAGAGCCUAAAUACGAGCCGAUGCAUAUCGAAGCCGAGGUUCCGCUUCCAGUUCAUCCUCAGCCAAUGCCCGUCCAUCAGCCGCUCGUUGUACCACAGCCACCACCCAUUCCGCAAGUUAUUCCGGCUAUCAACACACCGAUGGAAUUGGCUGCUGAUCAGCGCCAUACUUUCAUGAUUCCGCCAACGGAUCCUCUAUAUCAACUUGUCGUUGGAUUCUAUCUUGGAUUAAAAGCCGAAAUAAAUAAAGCACAGAUUGCUGACAAAGACUAUUGCCUUUCGCUUUGUCAAGAAAUUGAAAUUGCAAAGAUCAAACAACGUGAACUUCAAGAAGCAACUGCAUUACUAUCAGUUGAAGUGGAACGUGAGCUCGGCAAAGGGGUUCAGUUUCUCAAAGAACGGCUCAAUGAGCUCGAAAUGGGAGAUUGUCACGAAGUUGCUGAGCUUUUAAACGGAUCGAAAAGCAUUGUCGCGCGGCAUAAGGAAUUGACGCAUAAAGUAGCUGUAGCUGAAGCGGCUUGCUGUUUUGAAGAGCAGAAGCUGCGAGAGCUCAAAGGCGGUGACAAGAUUAUCGAUUUUCUUAAUGCAACUGCUAUUGGUGACAUUGAUCUCCAAAAGUGUACAGAAUCGAAUAUUCGCGCCAACAUGAAUUUGAGUUACGAUGAACUGAAUGAUCAAAAUGUGAUCUCUCCGGUUACUGGAAUCAAUAGCAACACGGGCGGAUCGCGUCGAACUCGUCCGCGCCAACGGACAAGCGGAAACUCGAAACGAGCCGGCUCAGGCGCUGGAAAAAACGACGAGCCGAGUGAAGAUGUUGAGCGCGAAAUUCAACAAUUUGUGCAGCAAGCGCUCAAAGUUGAUAAUGCGGUCAAAGAGAAAGAGCGACGAGCCCGUGGAAGCGGCGGAGGCUCGUCCGAAAAGUCGACGUCUCGCAAAUUGUCGAACAAUCCACCUCCCCCGUCCGCCUCUAGCCAACCUCCACAAUCUGUUGCAGCACCUCUACCUCCAGAUGCGAGCCUUAUUCGUUCCGGACCUCUCCUUCCCUAA